CGUAUUAUAUGUUCGUCCCGUUUAAAAUUCGUAUUCGAGAGUAUAAUACGUGUAUCAUACGUACGGGUGAAUAAUACGCGUAUUAUACGUGAAUAAACUAAUAGAGAUUAUAAUUAAAUUUAUUUUUGAUCUAAUUUAAUCUGUGAACGACUAUAAAUAUCACCGAAAACGCAAUUAUUUGCUGAACUCUCCAAUAAUGGCUGCCGUCGCCUCACCGGGACCGCCGUCGGGAACCGGAAUCCGGCCACUUAUUCUCAUAAACCGCUUGGCCCGCCACCAACUCUCAGCAUUAUUCCCCUUCCUCCAAACCCGGUACCGGAUUCUCGACCCGAUUGACGAAUCCGGGCCAUCGUUCGCCGCACUGUCUAAAUCGGGUCGGGUCAUGCUCUGCGUCGGGCCCACGCCGAUCACAUCCGACACCCUGGAUCGGUACCCUUCGCUCGAGUGCGUCGUCUGCUCCAGCGCCGGGCACGACCACGUCGACGUCGCCGAGUUCCGACGCCGUGGAAUCCGCGUCACCGGCGCCGGAGACACUUUCUCCGAUGACGUGGCCGAUUUCGCCGUCGGGCUCUUGAUUGAUGUUCUGCGUAGGGUCUCUGUCGCAGACAGAUUUGUCCGGUCUGGCUCCUGGCCGGCGGAGGGAAACUUUCCCCUGGGCUCUAAGGUGGGAGGUAAGCGAGUGGGAAUUGUGGGUCUAGGGAGCAUUGGCUUAAGGGUUAGCAAAAGACUUGAGGCCCUUGGUUGCACCAUUGCCUACACCUCAAAGAAGGUCAAACCACAUGUGCCCUUUUCCUUCCAUCCAAACAUAACCGAUCUGGCCACCGCGUGCGAUGUCUUGGUCCUCUGUUGCGCGCUAACGCAAGAAACCAACCACAUUGUGGACAAAAAGGUCAUGUUGGCCCUAGGAAAGGGCGGGAUCGUCAUAAACAUCGGGCGAGGGGCUCUGAUAGACGAAAAGGAAAUGGUGGAUUUGUUGGCGAGGGGCGAGCUUGGAGGCGCGGGCCUUGAUGUUUUUGAGAACGAACCGAAUGUGCCUAGGGAACUAGUUGGAUUGGACAAUGUUGUCUUGUCUUCCCAUGUUUCAUAUGCAACCCAUGAGGCCAUGGUUGCACUCCAAGAGUUGGUUGCCAACAACAUAGAUUCCUUCUUCUCAAACAAGGCGUUGCAGGCAGAAAUUGGUGGUAAUGAAUGAAAUAAUAACAUAAAAUUGGUUCAUUACAUGUUUUCUAGCUGUGUUUUGGAUGCAUUUCAACCUAUAAUGAAGUUGUUAUGUGGUC